UUACAGGGAAAUCGCGUGCAGGCAGUGAUCUUUGGGAAAGACAUCGAUCUACGUAAUGAUACACUGUAUAUCUACCAAUCAUACUAUAUCGCAAAUGCUUUGAUAAGAACAAUGGAUCCAAGGCAUCAAAGAGGACCAUGUCAGUUUCAAUGGACAAUAAACUCCAAGACCAUUGUUGAAGAGAUCGAAGAAGAUGAGCCAGCACUUAGACCGCCAGAAUAUAACCUUGUUCCUUUGAAUGAACUUGGCGUACACAUAGACACAGAUGCUGAAAUAGAUAUUUUGGCACUUGCAAUUCAUAUGAACCCGCCAAAUGAAGUGAAUACGAACCAUGGAAAAUCGUUGAUCCAAGAGAUAUACUUGAUUGAUCCAAGUCUAAAACUCCUGCGUUUAACAAUGUGGAAUCGCUUUGUUCAUGACGAAUGCCGCGAAAUUUCUGACCUUAUUCUGGCAAAGCCGAUUAUUUUAAGAACACGGAUUAAAGUUUCUUCUUAUAAUGAUACUUUCUGUUAA